AUGCCCGUCGCUUUUCACAGUUGUAAGGGUGGGCCCCGUAAGUACAGUAAAAUGUACAAGGUGCCUCGCCGUCCGUUUGAGAGCCCUCGUCUCGAUGCCGAGUUGAAGCUCUGCGGCGAGUACGGUCUUAAGAACAAGACAGAGAUUUGGCGCAUUGCCCUGACGCUCUCCAAGAUCCGUCGUGCUGCGCGUGAGCUGCUCAAGCUUGAGGAGAAGAACCCUAAGCGUCUCUUUGAGGGCAACGCCAUUAUUCGUCGUCUCAUCCGCAUUGGUGUGCUUGACGAGUCCCGCAUGAAGCUUGAUUACGUGUUGGCUCUUCGGUUGGAGGACUUCCUUGAACGCCGUCUCCAGACCCAGGUGUACCGCUCUGGUCUUGCCAAGAGUGUUCACCAAGCCCGUGUGCUUAUUGCCCAGCGUCACAUCCGUGUCGGUAAGCAGAUUGUUACUGCGCCGGGCUUUAUUGUCCGUCUUGAAUCGCAGAAGCACAUUGACUUCACGCUCAAGUCUCCCUAUGCUGGUGGUCGCCCUGGCCGCGUUAAGCGUAAGCGCCAAGCUUCUGCCGCCGCCGCCGAGGGUGGUGACGAAGAGGGUGGUGACGAGGAGGAGGAGUAA